AUGGACCUGGCACCCGAGGAAGCCUUCCUUGCGCUCAUGAAGCCAUGGUUUCCGGGAAAGAUUCCCGUGCUCGCACUCGAGGAGAUCGCCUCCCGCUUUCACCGGGACGACAACGACUACUGCUACCUCACGUACGAAGAUCGACAGGAAAUCGACAAGAACCCUGAGCGGGCCGCCAUCAUGCAACUCAUGAAGCGGCAGCUGAAUGACUUUCGACUGCCGUUCAAGCUUCAUUUCGGCAGUCCCAAGGUCACGGAGCGCAUGAAGAUCGCCCUCGAACGUCGCGAGGCCGAGCGCGAAACCUUCCCGGACAGAUUUUAUAUCCCACAGGACAGCGCGUUGUGGGAAACGCGCAUCGGGAAGCUGGCUUCGGUUCCGCGCCCCGCUGCAACUCUCGACGUCAACCGCUGCAUCCGGUGUCUCGCUUACUACCAGAUUCUCAUGGACUCGACGGACGUCCCGUUCAGCUUUGUCGUGCCCAACUCGCCGAAGUGGCCGGCAGAAUUGCACGGCUACGCCAUUGGUCGUGAGUUUUACAACCUUCAAGCCGGGCGCGUCCCCCUGCCUCUGCGCCUCGCACGAGCGCUCGAGCAGAUGGCAUUUCCGCUCACUUUGCUGCCGAAGCCCCAAUCGCAAGACGCGCAGUCGUCGUAA